AUGGCUACCAUCACCUGCACACGCUUCAGCGAAGAGUACCAACUGUUUGAGGAACUGGGGAAGGGAGCUUUCUCCAUUGUCCGCAGAUGCGUGAAAGUUUUAUCCGGUCAGGAGUAUGCAGCAAAAAUCAUUAACACCAAGAAGCUUUCAGCUCGAGAUCACCAAAAACUGGAACGUGAGGCAAGAAUUUGUCGUCUCCUGAAGCAUCCGAAUAUAGUGAGACUACACGACAGCAUCUCGGAGGAAGGACACCACUAUUUAGUGUUUGAUCUGGUCACCGGUGGAGAACUGUUUGAGGAUAUUGUUGCCAGAGAGUAUUACAGUGAAGCAGAUGCCAGCCAUUGCAUCCAGCAGAUCCUAGAGGCAGUACUGCACUGUCACCAGAUGGGGGUGGUACACAGAGAUCUUAAGCCAGAAAACCUGUUAUUGGCUUCUAAACUAAAAGGAGCAGCUGUUAAAUUGGCCGAUUUUGGGCUGGCUAUUGAGGUGGAAGGUGAACAGCAGGCAUGGUUUGGAUUCGCUGGCACCCCAGGCUACCUCUCCCCAGAAGUGUUACGGAAAGAUCCUUAUGGAAAGGCUGUGGAUCUAUGGGCUUGUGGAGUUAUUCUUUAUAUCUUGCUUGUUGGUUACCCACCUUUCUGGGAUGAAGAUCAGCACAGGCUGUACCAGCAGAUCAAAGCUGGUGCUUACGAUUUUCCUUCCCCUGAGUGGGACACUGUAACUCCAGAAGCUAAAGAUCUUAUUAAUAAGAUGUUGACAAUUAACCCUUCUAAAAGAAUCACUGCUGCAGAAGCACUGAAACACCCAUGGAUAUCACACCGCUCUACAGUGGCUUCUUGUAUGCACAGACAGGAGACGGUGGAUUGCCUGAAAAAGUUCAAUGCCAGAAGGAAGCUGAAAGGUGCUAUUUUGACCACAAUGCUGGCAACUCGGAAUUUCUCAGGAGGCAAGAGUGGCAGUAACAAAAAGAACGAUGGGGUUAAGAAAAGAAAGUCCAGUUCCAGUGUCCAGUUGAUGGAAUCCUCAGAAAGCACAAACACUACUAUUGAGGAUGAAGAUACCAAAGUGAGAAAGCAGGAAAUUAUUAAAGUGACAGAACAGUUAAUAGAGGCCAUAAGCAAUGGAGACUUUGAAUGCUACACUAAAAUGUGUGACCCUGGAAUGACAGCAUUUGAACCCGAAGCACUAGGGAACCUGGUGGAGGGUCUAGACUUUCAUCGCUUCUACUUUGAAAAUUUGUGGUCUCGGAGCAAUAAACCCCUUCACACAACUAUCCUCAACCCUCACAUCCAUUUGAUGGGUGAUGAGUCUGCCUGCAUUGCCUACAUCCGCAUAACUCAGUAUUUAGAUACCAGUGGUGUCCCCCGCACUGCCCAGUCAGAGGAGACAUGUAUUUGGCACCGCCGUGAUGGCAAAUGGCAAAACGUUCAUUUCCACCGAUCGGGAGCUCCUUCUGUCCUCCCACACUGAAUCUCCAGCUUUGGUCAAUGACAAUAAUUAUCAACACUAGAAGAAGAAGUCCUAUCCGUCUUCUAUCCCAAGUCCCAUUCCCCCUCUCUCUCAGUGCACCUUUCUUACCCAUUGUUGAUUCAUGCCUGUCUUUCUUUAAACUAAAUACCAGGUGACAAGUGGCAUUAAACUGUGUGUGAGUAUAUGUAAGUGUGUGAGCCUGUAAGUGCUGACAUGUCCUAUGCACAUUCCUGGUCACCCACCAAGUAAGAGAGGGGGGGGGGAUCUUUCUCUGGAAAUGAUGUAAUCACAGAUUGGCCCAGUGACAUCAGCAGCGAUAUAUAACAACCAUCUCAAUUUCAAUAUUGUUUUGUAGUACAUUAACACCUUUUUUUAUGAUCUAGUAUACCUCCAAGGUCGAACAACCCCUUUUAAAAAAAGGACUGAUGUGUAGGUUUUUGUAACCCAUAAUCACAUUGACUCCAGAAAUGACAUUAAAAUAGCCUCAUACUC